AUGUCGCAGAGUGAAGGAGAGGAUGAUGCUGCCUCUCUAGACAUCUUCCAGGAGCCAGAGGAUUUUUAUCAACCGGAAAAGCCUGCCACCUUCACUACAUACACAUUGAAGACUGGGCAGGUCAUCAACCUCCGACUCGUAGGACAUAGUCCGCUUUGGGGUCAUCUGCUAUGGAACGCCGGUCAGGUAGUUGCCCGGUAUCUGGAAGACAACUCGAGUUCCAUGGUUCAGGGGAAGACGUUCUUAGAAUUGGGUGCUGGAGCAGGACUUCCAAGUCUGGUGUCGGCCAUUCUAGGGGCUGAGAAAGUUGUUGUGACAGAUUACCCAGAUCAAGAUUUGAUUGAUAAUUUGCAGUACAACAUCGAGCACUGUUCAGUCCUCGCUGACAAGUCGCGCAUCACAGCACAAGGUUUCCUCUGGGGGAGCUCUGCUGAAUCACUCAAAUUUCACUUGGAGCGUGACCGUGGUGGUUUCGAUGUCCUGAUCCUCGCCGAUAUCCUCUUCAACCACUCGGAGCAUAAGAAACUGUUGGUAACUCUGCGUGAGUGCUUGAGAUACGGCCGUGACUCGGUGGCUCUGGUGUUCUUCACUCCCUAUCGCCCCUGGCUUCUGGAGAAAGAUUUGGAUUUCUUUGAGAUUGCGCGUAAGGAUGGAUUCGUGGUCAAUAAGAUCUUGGAGCACACCAUGGAGAGGGUUAUGUUCGAGAACGACCCCGGUGACGAGGCCCUGCGGAGAACAGUAUUUGGCUACGAGGUGAAAUGGCAGGUGUGA